AUCGCAAAGGCAGAUAGUGUAUGCGUUCGCCGCCGAAGCGCAACACCGAUGCCUUCAAUUCAACCUCAUUAUAGAGCAGCCUCAUUCAUGAGAAGGACUUCGGAAAUAUUAGUUUCAUCCCGGGAACGUUAAUAUACUAAAAUGGUAUAUACGAAGAAGUCUGACAAAAAGAAAAAGGCGGUUGAGAAGGAGCCUACGGUGUCAUUUUUACAAAUCUUCCGAUAUGCAAAAUGGUACGAACUUAUAGCCUCAUUGUUUGGAGUGCUUGCUGGUCUGCUCAGUGGUGGUGGUGUAUGCUACAGUCUUGCACACUUUGGGGAGCUCAGCACGUCGUUUGUGGAGAGGACAUCUCAACAGGAACAGCUUUCGAGCUAUCUACCCCUUAUGAGGCUAUUUGGCGGCGGCAGGAGAUUACAAAACGCGUCCAAUGAAGAGAACAUGAAAGCUUUGAUUGAGGACGGCAAGUCAAUGGCAAUCGGUGGGUUCACAUUCGUGAUAUUGUCGAUCAUACUGUGUAUGAUAUCAACGUCGCUUCUCAGUUGGAGCGCUUUGAGACAGAUUACAAGAAUUCGUCUUAUGUUCCUCGAAUGCGUCUUGCGGCAGGAUAUGACAUGGUUCGACACAGAUACUGAGUUCAAUUUGGCUUCCAAGAUGUCAGAAAACAUGAUGAAGCUAAAAGAGGGUAUGGGAGAGAAGAUUGGAGUUGUAGCUAAUCUUGUUGGUACGGCUAUAAUCUGUCUGUGCCAGGCUUUUCCGCAAGGCUGGGAGCUUACUCUGGCUUGUAUCACUGUUGUGCCCUUUUCGUUGGCAGCGUCUAUCUUAUUAUCAAACUAUCAAACGAGGUCGUCAACGAGGGAAAUGGGAUGUUACAGCCAGGCUGGUAAACAAGCAGAAGAAGUUUUAAAGUCAAUUAGAACAAUAGUCGCUUUUGGUGGAGAAGAUGCAGAAGUAGAAAGAUAUCGUAAACUAUUGGAGCCAGCUGAAAAAUAUGGACGUAAGCGUGGUUUUUACACGGGACUCGGGACCGGCUUUAACUGGGUCUUAACGUACUCUCUGAACGCUAUCGGUCUGACUUACGGCACUAGGCUUAUCCUCCGAGAUAUCAACAAACCCACUGAUGAAAAGGAAUAUCUCGUUGGUGACGUUUUCAAUAUCCUUUUCACGGUUUACAUGGCCACUCAGUGCAUUACUCUCUGCGUCCCUCACGUAGAGGUAUUCGCAAACGCACGAGGAGCUGCUGCCAGUGUCUUCAAACUUUUAGACAGAGAACCACUUAUUGACGGAAUGGCAGAAGAAGGAAUAUCACCAAGAAGAGUUAUAGGAGAUAUUUCUUUAGAAGAUAUCCACUUCAGCUAUCCAUCUCGACCUAACGUUAAAGUUCUGCAAGGAUUCUCUCUCCGAAUUAAGGCUGGAGAGUGUGUGGCGCUUGUUGGAUCAUCAGGAUGUGGAAAAUCUACAAUCUUGCAGUUACUACAAAGGCUAUAUGAUCCCCAUCUUGGUGUCGUUAAAAUUGAUGGCAAAAACGUAAAAAAUCUUAAUCUGGGAUGGCUAAGGUCUUCUUUAGGUGUGGUGGGUCAAGAGCCAGUUUUGUUCCGUGGUUCAGUUUUCGAUAACAUUGCUAUAGGCUGUCCAGGUGCGACCCGGGAAGAAGUUCAAAGAGUUGCAGAAAUUGCAUUUGCACACGAUUUUAUAUCAAACCUAUCUAACGGUUAUGACACAGUAAUAGGCGAACGUGGAGCGUCUCUUUCUGGCGGUCAGAAACAACGUAUAGCUAUAGCUCGAUCAUUAUUAAGAGAGCCAGCUAUUUUACUUUUAGACGAGGCAACAUCAGCUCUAGACCCUAAUUCAGAAAGACAAGUGCAAGCUGCUCUUGAUCGGGCAAGUGAAGGUCGCACCACCGUCACAGUAUCUCACAGGCUAUCAACGAUAGUCAAUGCUGAUAGAAUCGUUUGCAUGGACCAAGGAGUAAUCGUAGAACAAGGAAAACACGAUGAACUGAUGAAGGCUAAAGGUUUCUACUAUAAACUUGUUACUACCGGCAAGGAAAAUAAGGAACCUGAUGUAAUUGAGACUUUAAGAGAAGAAGCAGAUGGAGAAGGUGAAGACGGUGAAAUUGCCCUUGCCCCACGCCUCGAUGUUAAGAGGAAAUCUAACAGAAGAAUUAUAAGACAUCAUUCCGUUAAAAGAGAUUCUCACGAAUGGAUGACUCCACGUGGUUCUAUAUCGUCAGUAGUAUCAGCCGGUCUACAAAACUUUGUUUACAAUUCUGAAUAUCAAGCUGAAGAAGAAAAGUAUGAGGAUGAUGAUGAAGAAAUCAAACCUAUCAGUGAUUGGGAGAUUUUGAAACUGAAUGCUCCAGAAUGGUUAUACUUGGUGAUUGGUGCCAUUGCUGCCUUUACACAAGGAACGUGUUUCCCAGUUUUUGCUCUAUUAUUCGGUUACACUGCAGGGAUUUUCAUAUUACCGGAUGCUGAUGAAAUUCUAUACCUCGCGGAUUUAUAUUCUGGAAUGUUUAUUGUCGUGGCGGCUGUCGCUGGUCUCUCUAUGUGCCUGCAAAGUACUACCUUUACAAGUGCUGGACUCAAAAUGACUACACGACUUAGAUAUCAAUAUUUCGGUGCUUUACUUAAACAAGAAAUAGGGUACUACGAUAGAGAGAAGAACACAGUAGGUGCUCUUUGCGCGAGGCUCAGUGGAGAUACAGCAGAAGUGCAGGGUGCGACAGGUCUCAGGAUAGGUCUCAUUAUUCAGGGAACAAGUUCAGUCUUAGUAGGAUUUAUCAUGGCUAUGGCGUAUGACUGGAAAUUGACUUUAGUAGGAACUGCAUUCUUACCUUUGAUGGUAGGAAGUAUCUGGCUAGAAGGUAUUGUGUCCCAGAAAUCUCAAUCAGACGAACGUGAUGCAAUGGAAUCUGCAACAGCCAUUGCCACUGAAGCUGUCGUCAGUAUCAAAACUGUUCAAAGUUUAGGUGUAGAGAAAGUGUUCCUGUCGAAAUUCCAAGAUGCGUUGAUUGAUUCCUGUGCUGCUGUAGCAACAAAGACAAGAUGGAGGGGCUUGGUUCUUGGUUUGGGGGUUUACGUGCCCUUCAUGUCAUACACCGCGGCCACAGUAUAUGGUACCGUACUGGUAGCUACUGAGGGACUUCCCUAUAAUAUAGUAUUAUUGGUGAAUGAAGCAGUUAUGUACGGCGCUUACAUGUUAGGGCAGUCUCUAGUGUAUGCACCGAGUUUCAACUCAGCCAGAGCAUGUGGUGCAAGAAUUCUAUCAGUCAUCAACAGAGAACCUAAAGUUCAAACCAAACCCGGCUUGAAAGAUAGAAACGAUUGGUCAGCAACCGGUGCCUUCUCUAUCAAAGAGGUGGAAUUCAGUUAUCCGACGCGUCCGCACCAACGUAUAUUGAAAGGAAUCGAUCUCAAAGUGGAGGCCGGCAAGACAGUCGCCUUGGUGGGCUCGUCUGGAUGCGGCAAAUCUACCAUAUUGCAGCUCUUGCAGAGAUUUUACGAUCCCGAUACUGGAACUAUUGAUUUAGAUGGCCGCGACAUCCACUCUGGGUUAACCCUACCACGCCUGCGUCGCCAACUAGGCGUGGUGCAACAGGAGCCAGUACUAUUCGACCGGACUAUUGCCGAGAACAUCGCGUAUGGAGACAACAAUAGGAAAGUCUCCAUGCAGGAGAUUAUGGCGGCCGCUAAAGCAGCGAAUAUACACAACUUCAUCAUUUCUUUGCCGAAGGGUUACGACACAAAUCUGGGUUCGAGCGGUGCCCAGUUGUCCGGCGGACAGAAGCAGAGGGUUUGUAUCGCUAGAGCCCUUAUUCGAUCGCCACGACUGCUACUGCUGGACGAGGCUACUUCAGCCCUUGAUGCUAAUAGUGAACGGGCGGUGUCUGAAGCUUUGGAAAAAGCAGCCAAGGGACGAACGUGUAUCACUAUUGCACAUCGUCUCACAACUAUUAAAGAUGCUGACAUGAUUUGCGUUUUAGAUAAAGGAAAAAUUAUCGAGCGUGGCACCCAUACAGAACUAAUGAACCAGAAAGGCUUCUAUUGGAGAAUGAGCAAAGGCCAACACGUGGCGUAAGAGUACCCCGUGUAAACCAAUCAAAAUAAAACUGUAAACUACUAGUAUUAAUUACAAUGAAUUUCAUAUUAGAUCUUUUAUAGUAUUAUUAUUAUAAUAAAGUUUAUAUGUAGUUUUAUUUAGAUUGGCUUGGCACAACAUCCGAUAUGUAAGCCAAAUAAAUGUAACGUAACCAAAAAUUAUAAUAAGUGCUCGUUAAUAUAGAAUUUCGAUUACUUUUAAAUAAAACCAAUCAAGUGAU